AUGUCUAACAUAGUCCAUCACCUAGCCCACAGGAAGGACAGGGAGGAAGGCUCCGGCACUAAUGCCAAGGCCAUCCCCUUUAACCAGCAGGACUUUAGGACCCUGAGGGAACAGGCCGUGUGGAGACGGGCCCUGCAGAGUGGGGCCCUGUUCUGCGACCUGACCUUCCCGGCGGAGGCCGAGUCUCUGGGCUACAACGAGCUGGGGCGCUACUCCUCCAAGACACGGGGCGUCGAGUGGAAGAGGCCCACGGAGAUCUGCAGAAAUCCGCAGUUUAAUGUGGGAGGAGCCGCCAAAAGGAUUGACAUCUGCCAGGGAGAUCUGGGUGACUGCUGGUUGCUGGCGGCGAUUGCCUCCCUGACUCUGGAUAAGGACAUCCUGGCCCGCGUGGUUCCUAAGGAUCAGAGUUUCCAGGUCAACUACGCCGGCAUCUUUCACUUCCAGUUCUGGCGGUAUGGCGAGUGGGUGGAUGUUGUCAUUGACGACCGGUUACCAGUGAGGGACGGGAAACUGCUGUUUGUGCACUCAGCUGAGGGCGACUUCUGGAGCGCCCUACUGGAGAAGGCCUACGCUAAGGUGAGCGGUUGCUAUGAGUCCCUGAAUAGAGGCAACACCAUGGAGGGCUUUGAGGACUUCACCGGGGGCAUCGCUGAGAAGUUCGACCUGUCCAAGGAUCCUCCGUUCCUGUACAAGAUCAUGAAGAAGGCCCUCGGCCUCGGCUCUCUGCUGGGAUGCUCCAUAUACUCCGACCCUGACACCGAAGCAAAGACUACCAUGAACCUGUGGAAGGGACACGCCUACUCAGUGACGGCAGCAGAGGUGGAGCACCUGCACGAGAGUCCUGUUCAGCUGGUGCGGAUCAGGAACCCAUGGGGGCAUACGGAGUGGACUGGAGCCUGGAGUAGCAAAUCAAGCAAAUGGGACGACGUGAGGCCGGAGGAGGCCAAGCUGAAUGUCACCGCUGAUAAUGGGGAGUUCUGGAUGGCCUACUCUGACUUCACCUGUCAGUUCUCUCGCCUGGAGAUCUGUAACCUGACCCCAGAUGCUUUGACCAGUGAUGAGGUGGGCCGCUGGAACCACUACCAGUUUGAAGGCACAUGGGAAGUAGGAUCCACUGCCGGAGGGUGCAAGAAUUACACAGCCACGUUCUGCUCCAACCCUCAGUUCUUCAUCCAUCUGAAGGAGGUGGAUGACGACCCCCAUGACGAGGAGGAUGGCUGCAGCUUCCUGGUCGGGCUCAUGCAGAAGGACAUGCGCCGAGAGAAGAUGUCUGGACACGACUUCAACACCAUCGGCUAUGCCAUCUACCAGGUUCCUGAUAAGUAUAAGGGUCGCUCCAACAUACACCUGGGUCCGGACGUGUUGCUACAGCAACGUCCGGUGGCCGAGACCCGCAUCUUUAAGAAACGGCGUGAGAGGAGCUGCCGCUACAAGCUCCUGCCCGGCGAAUACGUCAUCGUCCCGUCCACCCGCGAGCCGCACUGCAAGGGCAGCUUCGUGUUGCGUGUCUUCUCCGAGAAGCAUGCCGCCACCAGGUGGUCGCAGAGGUCAUAG